CGCCUCGCUAUAUCGUCAAUUGGAGCAGAGGUGAUGUUCGAGUGAGUGGGGCUGUGUUAAACGGUGAAAGGAUUUCGGAAUACGCUAGCUGUGGUUGCACCUUGCUGCUGAUGAGCGAAGAGUGAUUUAUUGUUUGUGAUUCUCACCUGCGUUUUCGGCGCUCUUUGAUGUUACAGACGAACCAAUGCUGUAACGGACACGGAGGAUAGGAAGAUUGCAAUAUGGCGAUGCUAAUUUCAGCGCUAAUGGUUCUGAUUUCAACGACGCUCGUCAGUUGUCAGAAUAUCACUUUUGAGAUCGCGGAAGGACAAGAAGCCCCCGUGUCGGUUGGGAAUGUGGCCAGCGCAUCUAAUCUUCAACAACAGGUUGGCGAGACUGAGUUUCGGGCCCUGAGGUACAGCAUUGUCUCUCAGGAAAGCAAGGUGGAUACCUUCUUCAGAGUUGAUGAAACAUCGGGGGAAAUAUUCACAACCGACGUGUUGGACCGUGAAAGUUUUUGUGAACAUGUGUCACUGUGUUUGUUGUCGCUGGAUAUAGCAGCGCAGUCAUCUAGAAGCGCCUUUUUCAGAAAAAUCACAGUCAGCAUCAACCUGAAAGACAUUAAUGAUAACCCACCACGUUUCGGGAAUUCAGAAUUUCGAUACAAUCUGUCUGAAGGCGCAUCAGUGGGGACAAAGAUUUCACUCCCGCUUGCAACAGAUAAAGACUCGAAUGAACAAAACCUUGUGCAGCAUUAUCAACUUUCACCCAGUUCUCUGACAUUCGCUCUUGAUCCUGUUACAACAGAUGGUAAAAUUUCUAGCUUGUCAUUAUCUUUGACAGGUGAAAUUGACAGAGAAUCUCAAGACGAGUAUGCAUUUAUUCUGAAAGCUACUGACGGUGGGAGUCCUACAAGGACAGGUACUCUCUCCAUAAUUAUUAACAUAAUCGACGAAAAUGACAAUGAACCUGUUUUCCAGCGCGGUAUCUACGAAGCCACUCUUCCAGAGAGCGCCGAUAUUGACUCCACCGUGGUGCAAGUGUCAGCUGUCGACAUCGACAUGGAUGAAAACGCCAAAAUAUCCUAUUUUUUCUCAAUACCAACUCAAGAACGCGUUUUGAAGCAUUUUUCGAUUGAGGAAUCUACGGGACUUAUUAGCGUUAAAUCCACUUUGAACUCUGAAGGUGGUUCAAUCUUUGAUUUCCAAGUUAAAGCAGUUGAUCACGGAAACCCUCAACUGUUUGCCGAGGCUCAAGUCAUCGUCGCUGUCACCGACAACGUUAAUGACCCUCCUGUGAUUGACGUUAAGUUGUUGUUCGCUGAAGACGGUGCUGCUGCCGUUCCAGAGUCGUCUACUAUUGGUAGAACUGCAGUGUUGAUUUCUGUGAAGGAUUCUGAUUCGGGAAGAAAUGGACUGGUUGCUUGUCAAAUCAGUGGUCAGUAUUUCCAACUCCAGAAACUUGAACAAACGGAAUAUAGAGUGAUAGUUGCUCGGUCGUUAGAUCGGGAAGGAAUGCACGUGCAUAACGUGACUGUCACGUGUCAGGAUCAGGGCACGCCCCCUUUGUCUUCCAGCCAGGAGUUCCUGAUCCGUGUUACCGACGAUAAUGACAAUCCCCCGCUGUUUUCACAAGAAAAGUACUUCAAGAGUAUUGACGAAAACAACGCUUUCCCGGUGUCGUUAGGCGAGGUCAAAGCCAGCGAUAAAGACUUUGGUAAAAAUGGUGAAAUCGUGUACAAACUUGAUACUCUUGCUUCCCUGUCCUUCAAUAUUGACGAAUCCACAGGUGAAAUUUCGGCCAUUAGGACUUUCGACAGGGAGGCGGUUCCGAAAUAUACGUUUAAAGUGUUUGCAGUUGACAAGGGUGAGGUACCAUUGACCGGAACGACCACCGUUGUUGUCAACAUCGGCGACAAGAACGACCAGAGGCCCGCCUUCUCCAACGUAUCGUACGUGUUCUCUGUAAAGGAGAAUUCUCCCGUUGGUACUUUCGUUGGAAAAGUUAAAGCGACAGAUUCAGAUGUUGGUAAAGGAGGUGAAGUGCAAUACACACUGCGUGGAUCGCCUGUCAACGGUGUUAUACCUUUCACAGUUAAUGCAAAAGGUGAAAUCAGCACCGCGGCUGAAAUUGACUACGAAUCGAUGGAAACAUACAAUUUCGACAUUCUGGCGUCCGACCUUGGCACCCCGCCACAGAUAACAUCAGUGCCAAUCAAAAUCCGUAUCCUUGACGACAAUGACAACCAUCCCGAAAUCAAUUUCCCUGUGCCAAGCAACGACUCAAUUUAUCCCCACAAUAUGGAACCCGGUACUGAAAUUGCAAUUGUGCAAGCCUAUGACCUAGACUCUGGACUCAAUGGAUGGCUCACGUACUCAAUCGUCACAGCUAAUCAAACCGGCUUGUUUCAAAUCAGCGCCAGCAGUGGUGUCAUCAGACUCGGCCGUGCAGCCACGGACAAGGAUGUGAAGAAGUACAACAUCAACAUCAGCGUUCACGACGACGGCACCCCCCAGAGAGCCACCUACGCCGUCCUCAACGUUGAAAUCGUUCACGCAGACGCUUAUACAGCGACGUCCAGUGACACGAACAUGAAAAUCGUCAUUGUCCUCGUCUGUAUAACAGCUGUAUUAGCUAUUGUAGUCCUUGGAACUCUAUUCACUAUUCGAUACGUGGACAAUAGGCGCAAAUACAAAGACUACACCGAUGGCGAGAAGAGCCAAUAUUCCUCAUCCAAAUCUUCUUCCAAGAGGAGUAAAAAGGAAUUUAACGAAUUAAAACCUGGUAUUAUUCUGGUCACCGAGGGUAACAAGCUCACGAAGAAGACUGUGACUUUUAAAAAUGACACUAAAGACAACAAAAGUGACGUUUUCGCUACGGAGGAAUCUCAAUACAAUCAACUGAGGCACUUGAGUGAAAGUCAGAAUAAAAGCAAUACAGCGUCACCAGCUAAAAAUAAUAAAAAGUCACGAGUGCCAUCUUCCUCCAGCUCAAUAGAGGGGGAAGUUAGUGUGGUGGACAUCCUCCAUCAACACAAGGCAUUAGUACAGUCUCUCCGUUUAAAGAAGACUCCUAAUAAUGCAAAAGAUGGAGAGAAGGACCCGGAUGUUUGGAGUGACACGUCAGGGGAGACAAUCGGAACUGAUAGCGGCCAUGGCGGAAGUGACCUUGACAUGAACAAUAGUCUCAAGAUGUCCGUUUGAUGCAAUAGCUUCCAGACACCUGUUCAGCUUUAACCUUGCGUCAGCAUUACCACGCGUCACAUACCAGUGAAUACAUGUUCAUUUCAUAUCCUGAUUGACACUGCCAAGGUCAUUACUCCACGCAGAUGAAAUCGACAUGUGAAUCACAAGUCCAUCGAUCCAAUGAAAUGUCUACCAAAUGUGUUUUAUAAAUGAACUUUGAAAAAAUCGAAAGUGUUAUUUUUCAGACAUAUAUAUGUUCACCCUGACAAAUUGUAGAAAUUCAACUUUGAAUUGAUUGAUCUAUUUUAUACAUAAUAUAUACGCCAACGUGUCAAUACAUAAUAUAUGCAACGAUGUCAAAAUAUGGGUACAAUGUACACUAUGAUUCAGCAUAAAUUCUCCGAAGUGCAUAAUCAGUUCCAUUGGCCGAGAACUUACUGUCUUAUACAUUGCACAAAUAAUAUGUUCAUUUCGUGUGUCCAUCAUUCUUAACAACAUUGGUCCACUUGCUCACUCUUGUUCAUUGCCGUUAUACAGAUGUAUAUUUCUUCAUUGUUUGUACAUAGCACUUGUUAAUUUUGUACGUUUACAUUGUUAUUGUUAAUAAAUUGACUAAUGAAUUUA